GUCGAGGACCGUGCGAAACACCAAGCAUGUCGUCGCUCUUGUCGGGGAUCCGCUUCGUCGCGAACGCCGACUCGGACGACGAGAGCAGCAAGAAGAAGGCCAAGAAGCACAAGAAGGAGGCCAAGAAGCACAAGAAAAAGGACUCGCCACCAUCGCCGCCUGCCCCGACGCCGUCGCAGCUCAAGCGAGACGAAUGGAUGGACAUGGACUUUGUGUCGGGGACGCGCAAGGUACAGCUCUCGGUCGAGGACCAGCGAAAGGCCGAUGACGCCGCAAAGCGCCAGGAGGAGAUUGACACCGGGAAGCGCGAGCCCAACACAGGCCUUCUCUACGGUCUAUACGAUCCCAAGAAAGUUGAGCAAGUGUCCAUGAUGGCUGCGCCUGUGGACGCGUCUGUCGGUGACGGCGGUGCGAGCUGGAAGGCCAAGAUGCUGCAGCGGGCGAAGGACCGCGCACGGGAAACGGGUCAAUCCCUGGAAUCCGUCGUUCAGGCGCAGUAUGGCAUGGACUUGCGAACGCUCGAGGAGCAGGCGCGCGGCGCCCGCAUGGACGCGCACCUGCACUACAAGCGCCAUCGUGAUCCGGACCAGCAACGACGACGUGACGCAUCUACUUCGGGUGGCGACAAGACUCUCAUUGAACAGUUCAACAAGCGCAUCGAGCGCUCGGGGCCUACGUCGUCAGCAUUGGCAACAAGCAGCGACAACAAGGCGAGUGCCGAAAAAUCUGCCGAGGAUGACGAGGAGCCAAUCGACUACUCAAAGCUUCCGGACAGCGACGACGAUAUGCGCCGCCGCGGGCAGCCCACGCGUCGCAGAGACGACCGCAGUCGACGUCGAUCCCGGGAUCGAAGUCGCGAUCGAACCAGACGUCGGUCGCAGAGUCCACGCCGACGCAGUCGCAGUCGGUCCCGUCGGUCGCCGAGCCCGAAGAAGCCAAAGUCGGCGCCGGCGCCACGCCCGGUCGACCCGCAGCUCGAAGAGGAAGCGAAAAGACGCGCUGCGUUUUUGUACGGGUCAUUGACAGCGCCCCGGGCGACGCCGGUCGUCACGGAAGAAAUUGCCGUCGUCGAGGCGCCACCGACGCAGGCGCCGACGUCUGUUUUGACGGAUGAAGUACCUCGUUUAGAGUCGGGUGUGAUCGACUUGAACCAGCUUGCCGCGCGUGCGCUCAAGGCCAAGAUGCGCGGCGACCUCGUCAGCUUCGAGCGCUUUACGGCGAAACUGAAUGAAGCCGAGCGCGACGAAGUGCACGCAUCUGCGCCGGCCAUGGCAUCUCGUCAGCGCGCCCGGGUGCCAAUGCGGCCCGAGGAUCUCAAAUGUGGCUCCAAGAAGGGCAAGCGGAACGCUGUCGAGAGCGGCGCAAAUUUGAGUCUCGAAGAGCUCGUUCGCAACGAGCGCAACGCGCCAGAUAUGGACUCUGUUCACGCGCAGAACGUCAUGCGGCUGGGGACGCGCUACAAUCACUCAGACGGCAAAGGGGCAAGUGCGAGCGGCCUCGACGAAGAAGACGCGGUCGACAUGCGUCUGUACCGCGAUGCGAAGGACCGUCUCACGGAGCGCGCGUUCGUCCAGAGCUCGGAGCGGCAAAUGCUCAAGAGUCGGAUGCAGUGGGACACGGCCAUGCAGCGCUGCUGGUUCUGUAUGAAGAGCGAGAGCUUCAAGAAGCACCUCAUGAUAGCAAUGGGCGAGUAUGCGUACGUGGCGUUGCCGUCGACCGCGACGAUCGUGCCCGGUCAGUGCAUCAUCGCCCCCAUGGAGCACCUCGCGUCGACGACGGCGGCGGACGAAAACACGGUCGCCGAGAUUGAGCGCUUCAAGAAGGCGCUGCGCUCCAUGUGGGCGGCUUCAGGCUCCGCAGUUGUCUUUCUCGAGACGACGAUGGACCCUGCCAAGAAGCGUCACACGGUCAUCGAGUGCGUGCCCGUGCCGCUGCAAUUGGAGCCGGAUGUGCCCAUGUACUUUAAGCAAGGCUUGGUCGAAUGCGACGAAGAGUGGGCGACGCACAAGAAGAUCAUCGACACGACCGAGAAGGGUCUCCAGCGCUCGAUCCCGCCGCAAUUCGCCUACUUUCACGUCGAGUGGUCGAACGGCGGGUACGGCCACAUCAUUGAAGACGCGGCGCAAUUCCCGAAAGACUUUGGAGUGGACAUCCUCUCGGGCAUCCUCGAGGUCGACCCGCGCCGGUAUGGCAAGUACCACGCAUCGUUUGACGCAGAGAAGGACCGCGUCCGCGACUUCCUCGCGAUGUGGCAGCCGUUUGACUGGACGCAAGAGCUCGACGGCGGCGAGUACGCGACGUAGGGCCGCGACCAGCGAUAACGUGGAAAUCCGUGGCCGCGUCGUGUUAGAAUCGUCUUGACUACUACUCGUACACGGAACGCUCUAUUAUAGUUUGACGUACAAA